CCGUCUCCCACUCCCUCUCCUUCUCCUUCUCCGUCUCCCCCUCCCUCUCCUUCUCCGUCUCCCACUCCCUCUCCUUCUCCUUCUCCGUCUCCCACUCCCUCUCCUUCUCUGUCUCCCACUCCCUCUCCUUCUCCGUCUCCCACUCCCUCUCCUUCUCCGUCUCCCCCUCCCUCUCCUUCUCCGUCUCCCACUCCCCCUCCCUCUCCGUCUCCCUCUCCUUCUCCUUCUCCGUCUCCCCCUCCCUCUCCUUCUCCCUCUCCUUCUCCGUCUCCCCCUCCCUCUCCUUCUCCGUCUCCCACUCCUUCUCCGUCUCCCCCCCCCUCCCUCUCCUUCUCCGUCUCCCACUCCCCUCCCUCUCCUUCUCCGUCUCCCCCUCCCUCUCCUUCUCCGUCUCCCACUCCCUCUCCUUCUCCGUCUCCCUCUCCUUCUCCGUCUCCCCCUCCCUCUCCUUCUCCGUCUCCCACUCCCUCUCCUUCUCCGUCUCCCACUCCCUCUCCUUCUCCGUCUCCCACUCCCUCUCCUUCUCCUUCUCCGUCUCCCCCUCCCUCUCCUUCUCCGUCUCCCACUCCCUCUCCUUCUCCUUCUCCGUCUCCCACUCCCUCUCCUUCUCUGUCUCCCACUCCCUCUCCUUCUCCGUCUCCCACUCCCUCUCCUUCUCCGUCUCCCCCUCCCUCUCCUUCUCCGUCUCCCACUCCCUCUCCUUCUCCUUCUCCGUCUCCCACUCCCUCUCCUUCUCCUUCUCCGUCUCCCACUCCCUCUCCUUCUCCUUCUCCCCCUCCCUCUCCUUCUCCGUCUCCCCCUCCCUCUCCUUCUCCGUCUCCCCCUCCCUCUCCUUCUCCGUCUCCCCCUCCCUCUCCUUCUCCGUCUCCCACUCCCCCUCCCUCUCCUUCUCCGUCUCCCACUCCCUCUCCUUCUCCGUCUCCCCCUCCCUCUCCUUCUCCGUCUCCCACUCCCUCUCCUUCUCCGUCUCCCCCUCCCUCUCCUUCUCCGUCUCCCACUCCCUCUCCUUCUCCGUCUCCCACUCCCUCUCCUUCUCCGUCUCCCCCUCCCUCUCCUUCUCCGUCUCCCACUCCCUCUCCUUCUCCGUCUCCCACUCCCUCUCCUUCUCCGUCUCCCACUCCCUCUCCUUCUCCGUCUCCCUCUCCUUCUCCGUCUCCCACUCCCUCUCCUUCUCCGUCUCCCACUCCCUCCCUCUCCUUCUCCGUCUCCCACUCCUUCUCCGUCUCCCCUCCCUCUCCUUCUCCGUCUCCCACUCCCUCUCCUUCUCCGUCUCCCACUCCCUCUCCUUCUCCUUCUCCGUCUCCCCCUCCCUCUCCUUCUCAGUCUCCCACUCCCUCUCCUUCUCCUUCUCCGUCUCCCCCUCCCUCUCCUUCUCCGUCUCCCACUCCCUCUCCUUCUCCGUCUCCCUCUCCUUCUCCGUCUCCCACUCCCUCUCCUUCUCCGUCUCCCCCUCCCUCUCCGUCUCCCCCUCCCUCUCCUUCUCCGUCUCCCACUCCCUCUCCUUCUCCCUCUCCUUCUCCCUCUCCUUCUCCUUCUCCGUCUCCCCCUCCCUCUCCUUCUUCGUCUCCCACUCCCUCUCCUUCUCCGUCUCCCACUCCCCCCCUCUCGUCUCCCUCUCCUUCUCCUUCUCCGUCUCCCCCUCCUUCUCCGUCUCCCUCUCCCCCUCCUUCUCCGUCUCCCACUCCCCCUCCCUCUCCGUCUCCCUCUCCUUCUCCUUCUCCGUCUCCCCCUCCCUCUCCUUCUCCCUCUCCUUCUCCGUCUCCUUCUCCGUCUCCCUCCGUCUCCCACUCCCCUCCCUCUCCUUCUCCGUCUCCCACUCCCUCUCCUUCUCCGUCUCCCACUCCCUCUCCUUCUCCGUCUCCCCCUCCGUCUCCUUCUCCGUCUCCCCCUCCCUCUCCUUCUCCGUCUCCCACUCCCUCUCCUUCUCCGUCUCCCCCUCCUUCUCCUUCUCCGUCUCCCUCUCCUUCUCCGUCUCCCCCUCCCUCUCCUUCUCCGUCUCCCACUCCCUCUCCUUCUCCGUCUCCCACUCCCUCUCCUUCUCCG